UAGUCCUCUUUAGCACUGUUAUCGUACCAUUAACGGGCGGUUCGAGCAGCGGGCGUUUCUAUAGUUCACUCUGUGACGAUCUUUGAGGAAUUCAUGUGGCUAAAUUUCAGGAGCACACUGUCGCUGGAUAUCGACAACAGUAAUUGCUACUAACAAAUCCAGUUAAACGGACAACGUUUUUUUUUUUUGCUAUGAAACGUCGCAUUGUGUGCUUUAAGUAGAUUGCAUUCUCAUCAGUGAUGAGUGCCGCUCCUUUCAUCGAUUCCUUCUUGCCCUUCAGGUUGAGUAACGAUGAGACACCAAAAACGAUGAAGCUGUCUCAUCGCCGCCGGCUGUACGUGCUGGCCUUGUGCGCUGUAUCCAUCAUCGUGAUUUUCAUCAAUAAUCUGAUAUUUUCCACGUAAGUAGCAAAAAGUGACUUCAAUAUUGAAUCAAACAAGCAAACAAAGUGAAGCAACGAUUACAAUAUAUUUACUAGGAAUGGAAAAUCGAAUGAUGUUAAGCUGACGGCAAGAUCACAUCCAUGGCUCUGCUAAUUCUCAUCGAUUUCAUUAUGCGCAAUAUUAACUCAGUAGAAGUUUGAACGUAACGCUGUUCAUUCUGGAGAUCCAAGGAUAAUGUCUUCUAAGGUAAGAAAGUUCCAGUCAAGGGAGAUUAAACUCGAUCUAUAUACGAGCUCCAUUCUGGCUAACACGAAAUUCACGUGUCAUAGCCACGGGUACAAACAGGAUCAGGGCCUCGUACGUGUUCUGGACGUGAACACCGUACAGGGCCACUCAAGGGUUCUUAACGGCGCUACUUUUGUACAUCUACAAGAAUCUGUUCCAGUCCACCCAGCGUGUGACCUCGUCCGUAACAUAUUUUUCCUGAAGACUCAUAAGACUGGCAGCUCCACCAUAUUCAACAUUCUAUUCAGAUUUGCAGACGAAUAUGAUCGGACUGUGGCGAUUCCACGAAUCCACGGUAACCUCAUGAACUACCCGAAGCUCUUCCAAGAAAGUUUUAUGUUCAACUAUUCAGUGAUCAACCGUCGAGUUGAAAUAUUCGCAGUGCACUCACGACUCAACAUCAAUGAAGUGCAGCGAAUAAUGCCACCGAAGACCAAGUUUAUCACGAUUCUCCGCCAUCCGCUAUACGCAUGGGAAAGCGCGUACGAUUAUUUUAGGAUUUCUAGUAAGACAAACCUUUCCAUUGAAAGCUUUGCGUUCAAUGAUUCAGCUAUCCAAAUGAUGCGAGGUCGGAAAAUCUCUUCAUGGUUCGGCUUCAACAUGAUGUAUUUUGACAUGGGAUUCGAAGAAAAUUUCCAGGAAACAGCGGAAGUACAGGCCCAAAAAGCCAUUAGCAUGCUUGAGCAGAACUUCCAUUUAGUGCUCUUAGCGGAGUUUAUGGAAGAAUCCUUGGUGCUGCUUAGGGAAGAGCUCUGCUGGAAAUUGGAAAGCAUGGUUGCCUUCAGACAUAACGAGAGAAACUUAUCGAUCCGUAUUCAAAUUAUGAGCUCCGAAGCUGAGGCCAGGAUACUCUAUCUCAACGAUAUCGAUAUGCGGAUAUAUAAACAUUUUCUGGAAAAGUUCCUUCACCUGCUGGAUAAAUUCGGGAGGGGUCGGAUGUUCAAUGAGGUGCAAGCCUUAAAAUUAAGAAACAGAUUUUGGUCCGACAUUUGUAUAGCUGAACGCAAGCAAGGCAUUUUGAACACCAUCGAGUUUGUCCCAGGGCAGGAAGUUCCGUCAAUUUGUGACCGUUUGACGCUGAAGGAAGUUCACUACAUACGUAAAUUUCGAACGAGGUACAUCUCAGAGUUAUGGUGGAAUUUUAGAAAACGGCGUCGUCCUCGACUUCGCAGAAAAAACCGUAAAUCUGACAUCGUUAGCAGGAAUCGUCAGGGACACAAAGAUCCCAAGGGCCGAGUCUAACGUAAACGUACAUUAUAUGCUGCACAUGCUAAUUCUGCAGAAAAAAAUGCUGUUUGUGUUCAUAUAUAUCAUAAAUGAAAUAAAACUAUUAAAUAACCAAAACUGAUAAA